UUUGUGGCAGACGCUUGUUUGCACAUGGUGGAGGACUUUACUCACGCUCGCACUGGAACCUAAGACAUGAUUGCCCUGCACACAAAGCGUUUGUGCCAGGCUUUACUGGCUGAACCUUUCAGCCCUCGGUUAACUACCACAGAUCAACGCGUCUCUGCAGCCGUGUCGCAGCAUUUACAGAUGUCGGGCGCAGCUGCAAGUGGGUGCUUAUCUAAGUGACAAUACUGCAACAGUUGUGGCUGGGCUCUAAAGGACUGUGCAGGUCGUUUAGACUGGAAAAGCCAGUGGGUCCCGCAGGGCCAUGUUAGAGUGAUGAACUGCAAAGGAGAGGCAGAUCAUUACUCCAAUAAGAACACAGAUUUAUUUGAAAUGAUUGAAAAGAUGCAGAGCAGCAGAAUGGAUGAGCAGAGAUGCACUUUCCCGCCACCCCUCAAGACUGAGGAAGACUAUAUUCCCUAUCCAAGUGUCCAUGAGGUGCUGGGGAGAAAAAGACCCUUUCCUCUGAUCCUGCUGCCACAGUUUGGUGGUUACUGGAUUGAGGGGACCAACCACGAUCUGAGUGACACACGUGACGCGGAGCCGCAGCCUCCGUCCCCAAACACCCGCACUAAGCUGGAAUGUAACACAACAGCCACACUUUACCGGAAAUACUUCCUGGGAAAGGAACACUUUAAUUACUAUUCAGUGGACGGCGCACUUGGACAUCUGGUGUUCUCUGUAAAAUACGAUGUGAUUGGUGACCAGGAGCAUCUCCGCCUAAUGCUCAGGACCAAGCUGAAGACCUACCAUGAUGUGAUCCCCAUUUCCUGCCUGACAGAGUUUCCCAACGUGGUUCAAAUGGCCAAGCUUGUCUGUGAAGAAGUCAAUGUGGACCGCUUUUUUCCCGUCCUUUAUCCAAAAGCUUCAAGGCUCAUUGUCACAUUUGAUGAGCACGUGAUAAGCAACAACUUCAAGUAUGGGAUCAUCUAUCAAAAGUUUGGACAGACUUCAGAGGAGGAGCUUUUUGGCAACAGUGACGAGAGUCCUGCAUUUGUAGAAUUCUUGGAGUUUUUGGGACAGAAAAUCGAACUUCAUAACUUUAAAGGUUUCCGCGGAGGGUUGGACGUGACUCAUGGGCAGACGGGCACAGAAUCUGUCUAUUGUAACUACCGUAACAAAGAGGUCAUGUUCCAUGUGUCCACAAAGCUGCCUUACACAGAGGGGGACACCCAGCAGUUGCAGAGAAAGAGACACAUAGGAAAUGACAUUGUGGCGAUUGUGUUCCAAGAACAAAAUACUCCUUUUGUACCAGACAUGAUUGCAUCAAACUUUCUUCACGCGUACGUUGUGGUCCAAGUGGUCAACCCCUGCUCUGACAACGUUCUCUACAAGGUAUCAGUGACAGCACGGGAUGACGUUCCUUUUUUUGGUCCUGCCCUCCCAAACCCUGCUAUCUUUAAAAGGAGCUCUGAGUUCCACGAAUUCCUCUUUACAAAGCUAAUAAAUGCUGAGUACGCCUGCUACAAAGCGGAGAAGUUUGCCAAACUGGAGGAACGGACAAGAUCAGCCUUGCUGGAGACGCUCUACGAGGAGCUGCAUGUGAACAGCCAGGCCAUAAUGGGUGUGGGAGGAGAGGAAGACAAACUGGAAAACGGGAAUGCGGCAGCAGGGGGCUUCUUUGAGUCCUUCAAGCGGGUGAUACGCAGUAGGAGCCAGUCCAUGGAUGCCAUGAGUCUAACACUCAAGAAGCCAUACACACUCUCCACUAGCCUGAGCAGCACCUUUACCCACAACCCUGCAGAGAGCCCCAAAUUCCCAGGGAUAUCAUUACUUGUCCCAGGAAAAAGUCCCAGUAAAUAUGGACGGCGAGGCAGUGCCAUAGGGAUAGGAACAGUAGAAGAGUCUUUGAUAAUCCCGGGGAAAAGCCCAACCAGGAAAAAGUCUGGGCCCUUCAGCUCGAGGCGAAGCAGUGCCAUCGGCAUUGAAAACAUCCAAGAAGUUCAAGAGAAGAGCAGUAGAGACACUUCCCCCAAUACUCAGAAGACACCCGACAGUGGCCAUGUUUCUCAAGACCCCAAAUCUGACAACUCUGAUCAGAGCUCUCCUGAGGUGCUCAUAACGGCUAAGAACAGUCCUUAUCUCGUUGGCAGAACUGCAUCCAUCCCUGAGGCCCACGACCUCUCCCGCUCGUCUUCCAACGCCAGCAGCUUCGCCAGUGUGGUGGAGGAGAACGAGACAGAAGCCGCGGAGGACUAUGACACGGGCAUGGAGAGUCUGUCGUCCUCAGGAACACCUCACAAGAGAGACUCCCUCACCUACAGCACUUGGCUGGAGGACAGCGUCAGCUGCACCAGCACCAACAGUCGUGGCAGCUCCCCAGGGUCUGGUAAACCUGAUCGGGGGAAGGGGACAGACGUCCGGAUCAAACUGGAACGGUCGAACGAUCAUCAGUCCUCAUCUAACUGUUAAGUCCACCCGCCUGGUUUUGUCCUGGAACUCCUUCGGCAGAUUCAUCCUCAUCGACUCGAGGUCUCGGCCAGCUGGAUUAUAAUUACCACAUUCAUUUGGACCAGAAACAUCAUAAACACAAACAUACGUGUGGUCAUUAUUUAUUCGGGUGUUUGAGCUUCGAUCAGGCAUCAUUCUGAUUUCACAAGCAACCCGAUAAGUCCCUCUCCUUCUGGGAGAUGAGGAUCAUGCAGAGACUUGCCUUGCGGUGAUGAGAGUGAGGAUGACGAUAGAGAGGAGAGAGCAGCCAAGCAUCAGACGGAUGGCCAGUCAGCAGCUCAGGACGAAGCAAAUCCAGACACCCGAAGGACACAGGGGACGGUGACGCACAAAGAGGGGCAAGCUUUUGCACUAUCUUGUUUCUUUCCACUUUUCUUUUGCCUGUUUACACUUAUGUUGCCUCAUUAUUAUUUGGUUUUCUAUCAGAUCUCAUUCAGUGUACAUGUGUAAUUGUUUUUUUGUUGUUUUUUUCUGCAAAAGAAUAUUACUUUGGUUCAGAUGUCUUGUUUAAGUCCAAGUGUGCUGGCUUUACAAGUGAAGGAUAGUGCCAUUGUCCUCUCUUGAGAUUGUGAGGACGGCUGCAACAUUCUGUAAAGAUUUAUCUUAGGAAAUAAAGGGUUGUAUUGGCUUGAUGCAGACAUUUAAUACAGUUAAAGUCUAGAACCAGCGAUGAGUCUGAAUGCUGUCAGAUGUAAAUAUUUGUUCGGGUAAAAAUCUAAACAGAACCAUAAAACAGUUGUGCACUUUCCUCUGCUCGUCAUUUCUCUACAAAGCUUGGAUUUCCACCUUAACACCACAGCUCUCAGUAAAGACAGCAAGCUACUGUGAAUAAACAAAAUCUGCCUUAAAUGGUAAACAUGUUAUUUCCUCAGCCUUCAGUUUUGUGUCUCACUCUUGCUCACUCACUUGUUCUGCAGCCAAAACAAAAAAGCCAAAAACAAAGCUGGAAAACAAAUAUAUUUAGAAUAAUUUAAAGGACAGGAAUAUAUUCAAAAUGUGGAAUAAAUUAGCUUCAGCAGUGUUGCUGCAGUAUGGAUAUGUCAUGAUUCAACUGCUUCAUCUGUCUUUUAUGUUGGGGAGGAAACCAAUCUUACUGAACGAUUAUUCUUUUUCUCUGAUGUGUUUUUAUUUAUUCAUUUGAUUCCUGUUAAAGUGGCAUUCAUGGCAAAUAUCUGUGACAACAUUCAGUAUCUUGUCAUAUUGCCUGUAUUGUACAUGUUGACCUCAUUCUGUCUUCUGUACAUUUCUUUCUUCUUUCAGGGAUCAGAUCUUGUUCAGUGCAGUAUUUGCAAUGCAAAUAUGUCUAAACAGAAGGUAUUUAUUUGCUUUUAAAGUGACUAAUUAACUCCAAACAUUACUACUGAUUUUGUAAAUAGUUUGGUUGGAUUUCAUUGUGUACAAUGUACAGGCCAUUCAAUUUUAAACAGACCUGAAGAUCGACUCGAGAUUACUGCCAUUUUAACAAUUUAAUGUUGUUUUAAUUCUUGUACUCUUGAUUUAAAUGUUAUUUUGAGAGUUAUGGAGAUUUAUUUUCAGAGCUAUAAUUCAGACUGUUCUAUAUAAAAAGGAAAACAUCUCAGAACAUCCAGCUGAUCAUUUCAGUUGCCUUAAAUGUCACAAUGGUGUAUGUAAAGCAAGCAGAGAAAAUAGUUCAUCCAUUUACAAUGAAAUGAAUGUUUUGUUUUUUUGUGUUUUUACUGCAAAUAAAUGCAUUGAAAACUUUA